AUGCUGGUGAUUUUUGGAAAGAUGUUAAAGAUAUAAAAUCAGAACUUGAGCUGAUGGAAGAUUUUCAACGAUUAUCUAAAGAGAGAAAAUUCCAAGAAACAAUUUGGUAUCUUACUCAAAUAUCUAAUUAUAAAGAAGGGUUGAAAAAUUUGGAUCAAGUCAUUAAAAUUUUUCAAGAUUCACAUGAUAAAGAAAACCAAAUUGGAAUUAUUUAUAAUAGUUUGAAUGAAGGGAAAUUGUCAUUAGGUGUUUUAAUAAGUUUCUUUAAUAAAUUCAAUACAGAAUUUAAAAUUAGUAAUGAAUGUUGGAAUUUAAUCAAAGAAUUAUCAGAAGCGGGCACAUUUGUAACAUUUCUCAAAUCAAUUGAAGGACAUGAUAUUAAAAAUUUAAUCAAUAGUGUAGAUGACCACUCAGAUGAACGACUUAUCCAGGAAGACACUGUUUCAUCAUUAAUUGAAGUAAAACAAUUUUUAAUACCACUGUUGGAUGUUGCCAAAAAGAGACCAGUGAAAGAGUUUGUUGAAGAAAUUGGAAAGUGUGGUUUUGUUCACACCAACUUUUUAUCAAGGAUGUUUUCUACUUCGUAUUCUUCUUUUAUUCCAGGAAUAAUGGUUGCUGGUGGUGGUGUGGGUUGA